CAGUUCCGCUCAAUACUAGACAGAGGAAAGAUGGCGGUAGCGCGUGAGCGAGCCGUCGUUGGUGCCCAGUCGAAGCAGGAAGCCCUUCGAUGAUGUGAUGCCUGAAGUUAGCAGGCUCUGUGCUCGAGGCAUGCUGUGGGGUUGUGGGAAGGUGGCAAGAAAGAAGUGAUUGUGUCUAAAAUGCCUGAGGAAGACUUGGAGCAUUCGUUCACCCUGAGGAGUCCCGUGGGGGAGAAGGCUAUCGUCAUCACAUGGCCCAAAACAAAGGAGAAGAGGGAAGGCAAGACCCAGGAGAUCGUGGAAACCAUCAAGUUCGUGUUCGAGGAUUUUGCGGACUUGGGUCUCCCCAGCAUCGUCCAGGACAAGAUUCUACGUGACUACGAUGCUCAUGAGUAUGAGAGCGUGAAGGCUAUGUGCGAUCGCUACAACAAGGCGCUGGAGUCCCUGCUCCAACUGGAGAAAGGGACGGCCAAGCCGCAGCAAAGACUGAACAAGCGUGCGUCGAGGGCUUUACUUCGUCACAUCAUUCACCAGGUCUAUUCGGAAAGCGUCACCGAGCCGGAGCGACUCAAUAAGCACUAUGAGCCCUUCUCCAGCGAGGUGUACGGGGAGACGACAUACGAGCGGGUGGAGCAGAUCCUGCACCUGGUGAAUAUGACCGAGGACGACGUCUUCAUCGACCUUGGCUCAGGGAUUGGGAACGUGGUGGUCCAUGUGGCUGGGGCUUCCCAGGCCAAGAUCUCCUGUGGCAUCGAGAUUGCUGACGUGCCAAACAGAUAUGCUCAUAAAAUGGAGACGUCGUUCCGGAAGUGGAUGGCUUGGUACGGGAAGAAGUAUGGAGAGUUCAGUCUCGUCAAGGGGGACUUUUUGGAUCCCAAGUUCCGAGAGAUGAUACUCUCUGCGUCUGUGAUCUUAGUCAACAAUUUUGCCUUCGAGCCCGAGCUCGACCACAAACUCAAGGAAAUCUUUGCUGAUCUCAAGGACGGGACCAAGAUCAUCUCGUCGAAAGCGUUCUGUUCGCUCACGUUCCGCAUCACCGACAGAAACCUGACGGAUAUUGGAACCAUCAUGGAGGUGACGGAAAUGGCUGCAGAGAGCGAGUCUGUGUCCUGGACGUCCAACCCGGUCCCAUAUUUCUAUCACGUUCUGGACAGAACUAAGCUGGAGAGGUAUUUCCAAGACAUGAAGUUAAGGGUUCGGAAUCAAGACGAGGAAUCCAGUAACGGGAACCGACGGCGUCGACACGUGCGCCAACUCAGCCUGGAGGUAUCGGACAAUUCCAACAAUCGCAAGGAAGAAGACGAAGACAAGAACAGCAGCGUGAGUGUGUUGUCGGUGAACGACGACAUGGAGAACCAGGACGAGAGUUCGCUGGGCCCCACGACGCGUCGGGCGUGGAGUUCCCUCUGCCAGAAGAGGUCGAGCAGCCCGAGCGAGGAAGAGCCGCAGUCGGAAGGAGGUGUGCAGAAAUCAAAGAAGCAGCAGACCAUGCGUAGGUCAAAGAAAGUGCUGCAGCGGAACUCUAUUUCUGUGAUGAGCCCUGUUCAUGAGGACCCAGCUGCUGUGCUUCAAUCGGCCAAGGCAAAGUUACAGGAGAUUAAAGCGGUUGAGAGCGUGACAUCGACGAAAGGCAAGAAACGUGGGAAGGGCAGGACGGGUCGGUGUGGCCGCCCGCGUAAGCUACCACGCAUCAAUGGGCUAGAUAUCCUUCAUUCCCAGACUGUGCUCAGUACUGCUGGUGAUGGACCCAUUGAACGCCCUCCUCCAGCUCAGGGAUGUAUAGAUAGCAAGCUGUCAGAUUAUGUCGCUCCACCUGCCUCAUUGGUUUUUUCAGAGUACAAUGAAGAGUCCGAAUUGGAAAGGGAUGAGCUGCCCUCUCCUCCAAUAGAAUUUGCUCAAGAUCUUGAUCGAUUCCUGAUCAAGCUGCGCAAAAAGAUGAUUCGUAUGCAUCAUAGCCUGAGCAGCCAGGACUUUGUUAGGGAUGUUUGCCAGCACAUCACCAAGGAAAAGGCAAUUCAGGAGAAACUGAAACGAGAAGAAGAAGAAUGCCAGAGAGCAUUAACGGCUGCUGGACUGGAGGUGGUGCGGGAGUUGAAAUACUGCAUCGGUGGACUCCAUGACGGCCUAAACUCUGUUGAAGACAUGCUGAAGAUCCCAGUUGUGGAACAGAAGGAAAGGGAACGAAUAUUAGAUCAGGAACAGGCCCUUCAUGCAGAGAUUCGUAAAGAGGAGCAAGAGGUUAAUGGCCUCAAGCAGAGACUGCACGAGCAUGAGCGGUAUAUCAAGGCCAACUAUCACAUGAAUGGAGUGCGCUUGGACAUGAACGGCUACAUUCAAGAUCACCGUCGAGAUUAUACAGCUAUGUCCCAGAAAGUGUAUCCUGUUCUUCCCGUGAUACCCAAUCACCACCAUAUGUCACACUCAGAGACAGAUCUUGUAUCACACUCGCCUGGUGCUGUUGUAAAUUCGCCAAUAAUGGCUACUCAAAGUGCCCCACCAAGUGGUGGGUCGAGGCGGCGCACACGUGAGCCCCGUCCCCGCAAGCAGGAUUAUCCGCACAUUCCCAAGAUGGAGAGGAUUCAGGAAGAUAAUCCAGACAUCCUGGCUCAGAAGAUCAUCCAACAAGGACGACAGCUCGAAGCCAACCGGAGACUCACAUCACCGGUGAAGAAGGCAGAGGUCGAUCUCCAGAGAGUUCCGUCUCGUGGUGUGGAAGUGCCACGAGUGUCCUAUCGUUAUGAUGACCACAUCAAGAGCCUUAUAGAGCACCACCUUCAUGAUGGUCCUCCAGUGUCCGUGUCACCUGGAUUGCAGUUUCGGGCUCCACCAGCCAAAGCUCCUGCACCUGAUCCAAAAUGUCGCUACCAGUCCCCAGAUUACACUCAGGUAUCUCCAGCAAAGCUGGCCCUCAAGAGACAUAUGCAAGAGAAGGAAGGGUUUACAUCCCAUCAUACAAUUGGAGAUUUAGUGCGUGGAGAGGUAGAACGGACUCUGGAGAUAUCUUCUCAGAGCCUCAUUGACAUGGCUGUGGACAUGACUUACAAUCAGGAAGGACGACAGCCGUCGUAUCCAUCUCCGCUUCCCCUCAAAACUGAAAACCCCACUCCUUCAGUCAUCAAACUCAACUGUGAUGUGAAAAAGGAAGGAGCACAGCCAGCAAACUUGUAUUCGCCGAUCUCAAGACCAAGUAGUGCCGAAGGUGAUGGAAGCCCUGUGUUGCCACCUUCAUCACACGUGGGACUGCCUGUGUCGGACCAACAGCGUGGCAUGGAAGAACGUGUCUCUUCCAUGUUUGAAGGAGGGAUUCCUGUCUCAUCAGCCUUAGGGGCAAAUCUACUCAUGAAGACCUACCACUCACAAUCAGUGAUUGGUUCCACGGUACAAGCAUCCCGAGCUCCCAUUGAAGGUCUGGCUGCAUUCCUCCACGACAGUGUGAAGCCAGUGGUUCACGACUUGUCAGCCAAGAAUGGUGUGAUCCAGGUUAAUGAUUCCAUGCGCCCCCCAACUGCACCAGUCUCAGGAAAACGGUCUGCAAUGGAGCUGCUUUCAGUCCAGCCUCCCCCUUCGCCUUUGACUCUGGAGCAUUCUCCGCCCAUCACUCCUGGCACCGACUCUGAUCUCCCACAUUCCUCUGAUACUAAUGACAAAACAGGGAAAGAUUUGUUCAUGGUCUAUGUUGUUGCCCAAGAAUGUCUCACAUUGGAAGACAUGGGGUGUUGGACAGUGACAGACAGGGAUGAUGAUGUGGAUGAUGCAGAUUUUGAAGAAAGUAAUGGGUUUCUCCAGCAGAGGAAAUCGGCAGAUUCCCCCUCAAGCCGAGCUUGGGAGGACCAGGUGACAUCGAGGUUCAACUGCCUGGUGCAUUUUGCUGAGGUUGUUGACAUGGAGAAGAAGCGGCGACGAAGCAACGAUAGUUCCUCUCCCCGAGGCAGUCGAGACGAGGAGAAUGGGGGCAGCAAGAACGGAUCUCCAGCAUAUCAUCACGAUAUGUCGAGAUCACCACACGGUCCUCGGCUUCCAGAUGGUGCAGGAAAUGCUUUGGAGCGUUCUCCAAGCCACGACCAAAUGAUGGCGCUCAAGUUCAAAAAGAUGCGAACCGGGGACGAUGCAGAGUCCAAAUCCCAAGUUCCUGUCCGCAAUGGCAUAGAUGAGACUUUCUAUGAUCAACAUUUCAAGAAGAAGCGGGCACACGUGUCUUCGGGGGUGUUUGAUCGCGGUAGUAAACCGCACUGGCCUAAAGGGAUCAAGGACUGGGAUCGUUAUCAGCAGAUGGCAACACCUGAGGAGAAUGGGAGCGAGACUAUGUCACCGGCUCCUUUACCGUCAUCGACAACAUCAAAUGGAACUUUGCCACCACCUCACCUCGAACGACACAAUGGUGGGUUGUAA